CAUCAUGCCAACAACAAAACGUUUCACGCUAACUACCGCCUCUCGUGCUGUUCUUGUUGACCAGUGCUUCCUUUUAAGCAAAACAAAAUCGCAUUUUAAAUAGCUGUGUUUAAUGCAGUGUCAACAAAUGUAACAAAAUCCUUAAGGAUGCCCAAAAAUGGUUAAAGUCAAGUCUUUCUUCCGGUUCGCUUCCGGUUUCCACGUCUUGCAUUUGGCAUAAGCACGUUUACAGCUGCUGUUAUUUCUGCUCAAAUUCAGACACUUUUAGAACUUCUUGAGCCUUAAUAAAUAUCCGAAAGGUUAACUGACCAUCUAGUUACUUACUUAAUCGGUUAAUUCAGUCUUCUUUUAUUUCAAAUCGCUAAUAUACACGUUUAGUGUAAAUAUGUCGUGUUGGAGACGCUGAUAAUGGAGAGAGAUUUACUCAGACAAUCUGUGUCGUAUCAUGGUGAAAACCUGUUGUCACUGUUAAAAUGCGAGCAAAAUGAAAACCCAGACUUUAAACAUGUGGCCGCUGAGCUCUCCAAAACACUCAAUGAAAGAGAUAAAGAUGAGGUGAGUCCUGUUCUGGAGCAGUUCAUUGCAAGGAAAGCUGAUCUUUUGUUUGCACCGACAUGGAAAACAUCUACACCUGCAGAUGAAUGGCAGGAGGAAUCUGGAGGUUCUGUGUUGUUUUCAGAGGCGUACGCCGUCAUGCCUCCACUGGAGCAGUUCAUGGAGGUGUCGUUCGAGGAGAGACGGGAGCUUUUUUACAGAGAUGUUGAGCGUGGAGACAUGGUUAUCGGACGGAUCAAUUCAGUGCGAGAGUUUGGUUUAUUCGUAACUCUUCUCUGCACUGCUGGAGGACUGGAACGAGAUAUUGAGGACCUGGAGAUAAAGGCCCUCUGUCCAUUAAGAGAUGUACCUUCAACUGGAAAUCAUGAUGAUCCUUUGUCUUAUUACCAAAUUGGGGAUUUGAUUAGAGCUGGGGUGAAGGACAUUGACCGCUACCACGAGAAGCUGACAUUAUCACUGUAUUCCUCCUCACUGGCUCCACACUUGGAUAAAGUUAAACUGGGUGUCAUAAGCAAAGAAGAUCUUCCUCUUCAUUAUACCCGGGGUGAAAAGGUGGCUGCAGACUGCAGUGAGACGUAUGAGAAGCUUUUGGAGAGCUCUCUUGGUUUGUCCAACCCUUUAAAUGUAGACUACCUCCUGGGAAAGCUGGGAAUAAGCGAUACGCAAACUCCUUCACUAAUGAGGGGCUUGCAGAGCAACCGCUUCAAAGAAGAUGAUUUUGCAACAGCUAUCCGGAAGAAACAGUCUGUAUCCUGGGCCCUGAAAUGUGUUAAAGCUGGUGUUGACCAUUUCAAAUCGGGUCGUCACGUUGAAGCGAUGAAUGAGUACAACAAGGCCUUAGAGAUUGACACAAACAAUGUGGAGGCUCUCGUGGCACGUGGAGCUCUAUAUGCAACCAAAGGAAGCUUGAUGAAGGCUAUCGAUGAUUUUGAGCUUGCCUUGGAGAACUGCCCUACACACAGGAAUGCCAAAAAAUACCUCUGCCAGACGCUUGUGGAAAGAGGAGGACAACUCGAAGAGGAAGAAAAGUUGGUGACCGCUGAGGGUCUCUACAAAAGAGCCAUCGUAUUAGAUGACACGUUUCAAGAAGCAGCAGAAGCCUUGGAGAAACUUCAGCUACGCAUCCAGAAAUCGCUUAAAUUGAAAGAGCAGGAAGCUGCCAAAGAGCAGGAAAAAGCUAAGACCGUGGAGACGAGUGCUGAGAAAUUGCGUAAGAUCCUAAAAGAAGAGAAAAGAAUGAAGAAGAAAAGGAAGCGGUCGACCUCUUCCUCUACGUCGUCAGAUACGUCCUCAACGACAAGCGACGAUUCUCCUUCAACGAGUCGUAAAAAAUCGAAGAAGCGAAAACACAAACGCCGACGCUCGUCUCACGGCAGUAAGAAACACAAACGGAGAGUGUCGUCUUGUAGCGAUAAAACGGCGGAAGAUGACAAAGAUUGGUUUCCCGCUCCUGCUAACACCUCCGCGUCAUACAUCGACCAGAAACAAUCCAUAAGCAAACUCCUCAGCGAAGGAGAACAGUCUUGGGGCAAAAGCCGACACGAAGACGGCAGAGGUAGGUUGGAUGAUGCUAUCGACAGAAGUUUGGGGAACCUCAAACAUGAAGCGUCUAGACUGGGACGUCCAGAUGUGAACGGCCAAGAUAGAGAUCGACACAGGAGCUCAAGCACCUCAGAACGUGCCAGGAGGGAUUCGUCCUCCUCCACCCAAUCCGAAUAUUCCCAGAAGUCUGAUCGAUACUCUAAGGAAUUUUACUCGCAAGGCAGAAAACGUAGUGAAUCGGAACGAGGCGGGAAUGAGAAGAUAGAAAGAAAUAGUCGAGAUCAAGAUGAUCGCAGGAGGUCUUCUAGUGGAAGUGUAAAAAAGGACCUCCCUUCCAAUUUGUUGGACAUUUUCAGUCGAAUCGCUGAAUUUGAGAAGGAGAAAAAGCUGAAGAAGUAAAAGAGUUCAGGAGUAACACUAGUAGUGCUUUCAGUACUAGUACUAGCAGGUUUAACUUUCAAGUAUAGCGAUGUAAAUGUACGAUAGGUUAUAAGUUGAUCAGAGCUGUUUAUUUUCAUAAUUUCAGGGUUGAUUUGUUUGCUUUGGUUGGGAAACCGCCUGCCUAUAGGAACUGCAACAAAACUGAGCAAUGGCCAAAAUGUGAUGCGAAUGAUGCCUCAGUAUUAUGAAUUGCAUUCAGUGUAAUGUCAGUGUUCAAAUAAACAAGUGUAAUGAUCUAACAA